AUGGACAUUAAACACGCGGCCCCGUCGGCGCUGCCCUCCUCGUGGACAAUCCCGCAAACAGUUAACAUGAAUGACCACGGGAGAAAGUCAUCCUGGACCACGCAGUUGUCGCCGUACCUGCGGGGCCUAAAGAUAAAGAACCUCAUGCAGUCUCCGAAAUCUCCGGAAUCACCAAAGUCGCCAAAGUCGCCGAGGAACCUCCUCGAGGAGGACUCGGGCUUCCGGAUCAUUCACACGCCGGACAGACCGGAACGGCCAAUCUCAAGGACAGCGAUCCCGAACGACGAACAAUGCAUGGAAUUUCUCAUGUCGCUGCAGAGGCAGGAGGAACAUAAACGAGUCGGUAUCAAGACCGGUCUCAAGAUGUUGCCAUACCCUGAGGGAGAGGGGACAGAAGGCCGCAGGUACCUCGGGAGUGUGAGGGUCGAAAGUGUACAUUUCGAGGAGGCACAGCUCGCCAGAACAAACUCAUCUGGCCCAGCCAGAAUGGUGGAAGUCGGCAGAAGCUCGACCAAAUCGACGCUGGCGACGCCCAGCGUCAGCGACGCCGAGGAAGAUGACGACGAGUCAAUCGAGGAGCCCAGAGCGUCGCUUCACGCGGCCCCUCUCUCUCCACCACCUACUUUGUCCCGCAAUCAAAUAUUUCUGGAGGUUCAUACGCCAAGGGCCAACACCUCCCGCUGGUCUGAUACCAGCAUCGAGUCUCUGUUUUCCUCAAAAGAGCACGAUUCCCCUUGUCCCCAGCGGGGAACCCUUCGCUCAUCAGCCGAGGCAUCAUCGCCCACCGUCUUUGGCGAUGACUCGGUCGAGCCUUAUACAUCGCCGCUGGUGACGCCGGUGAAGGACCGGCCCGCAACGCCCUUCACAGACCCCCGUCUCCGGGCCGUGUCCGACCCGACAACUCCUCCGCCAUCGGACCACGUCGCUGGCCUGAUACACGUCAGUCCGGUGCAGCUGCCGCGGAAGUACUCAUGGCGGUCGUCCAGGGAUACAGUUCUUAACACUGGAGCUCCGAAAUCGAGGUACCAAUCUUGGCUACCCGAGGCGCGACCGAAAGCAGAGGUCAGAAAGCCACAGCAGCAUGCUGAGCCCGAGGUUUACGGUGACUGGGCGGAUUACUAUUUCGAGGAUGGCAAUUUUUGGGACGAGGACUCUGACAGCGACUGCCAAGAGGACGAGACGAGGGUGGAAGGGGACAGUGAUGCGGACGAUGAACAAAACGAGCUUGAAGCUGAGGAGGAAGGCCAAGGGAAAGAAAAAGAGGAGGACCAAGAAGGCAGGCUCCAAGUCGAUGACGAGGUGUACCCGCGGUACGAGAGCUUCAUUGAGGAUUACAAGAAAAACAUCAUGAGUAUCACGGUUACGGAGGUGUAG